CAUCACCAUCUCCCAUUCUCCCGGUUCCGGCGUUCUCAAACCGACGUCAAGAUCUAAUCGGCAAUCACCAUCUCCGUUCCGGCGUCACCAAUCGGCAAUCACCAGGAUAAACACGGACCGAACCAGAAAAUUCAGGGCCGGACCGGUCCAGACCGGUAACCAACAGGUCCGGUCUUCGGGUCUUAAGAUAUGCAUGAUUCCGGUUCCGGUCCGGUUUUGGACCGGUGCACAUCCCUAUGCAAACUCUGGAAGUUGAAGGUCCCCCCCUAAGAUUAGUGUUUGCAUGUGGAGGGCUUUGAGAGGUGUUCUACCACUUUAGUAAGAUCAUUCUUUGCCCUUUUGAUGCAAGGGUUGCGGAGGCCUUCGCAGUUAAGGAAGCGUUGUCUUGGCUCAUAGAGCGGGGCAUCACGGAGAAAUAAUGAUGGGGGUAUUUACGUACUUACAGAGUGCUCCGUAUUUGGUUCUUGGGCGUCAAGAAUCCUUUCCCUAUUAAAGCAGCGUAUCAGUCGGUUUUUUCGCCACAACAAACUCUCAAUUUUCCGGCGUUCACCCAAAACAAACGCUCUCUCAAAUUGCCGAUAAACCUUAUGGCUCUACUCGGACCACCGGAGCUCCGAAACGCCGCCCUGCCAUCGAUUGAAACCAACACCACACCACCAUCAUCCGGCGAUCCAUUUGUGGAUCUCAUGGUCGCCAAUUUCAACGCAGCCAAAUCCUCCCCGCCGAUGGGCUUCACCGAGAACAUGGCGGCUACCUAUCUCUCAUCCGGCGACCCCUGCCUCGAUUUCUUCUUCCAUGUCGUCCCCGACACCCCGGCGGGAUCCCUCGAAGCGCGGCUUUCCGCCGCGUGGCAGCACGACCCUUCCACCGCGCUCAAACUCAUCUUCAACCUCAGAGGCGUCCGCGGUACCGGGAAAUCCGACAAGCAAGGGUUUUACACGGCGGCGAUUUGGCUCCACAACCACCACCCCAAAACCCUAGCCUCAAAUAUAUCCCACUUGGCGGAUUUCGGUUACAUCAAGGACAUGCCUGAGAUUCUAUUUCGCCUUCUCGAGGGCGCCGAUGUUAGAUCCACGCAGAAGACUGAAUGGGAUCGGAGAAAGCAUCUCGCGGUCAGAAAGAGUAUUAAGAUGAAAAAUAAGGGAACAGUUAACAAGAAGAAAGUUAUGUACAUGGUUCCCUCUCUGCCCAAAGAAGAAAGGAAACUUGUUAUGGCGAAGAAGGUGAUCGAUAAAUACAACGGCGAUGGAGAUUUCCGGUAUCUCUAUGACCGGAUCUCCGAUUUCUUCGGGGAAGCUCUCAGAGCCGAUCUGGAGCGCUUGAAGGCAGGGGAGAUGAACAAGAUAAGCCUCGCAGCAAAAUGGUGCCCAUCCAUCGAUUCCUCCUUCGAUCGGUCAACUCUGUUAUGUGAAGCCAUUGCACAGAAGGUGUUCCCCAGAAUGUCCCAUCCAGAAUACGAAGGAAUCGAAGACGCUCAUUACAUAUACAGAGUCCGGGACCGUCUCCGGAAGGAAGUCCUUGUUCCUCUCCGGAAGGUUCUAGAAUUGCCGGAAAUCUACAUCUGAGCCAACCGCUGGGACUCCAUACCCUACAACAGAGUCCCCUCCGUCGCCAUGAAAUUCUACAAGGAAAAGUUUCUCAAACAUGAUGCGGAACGAUUCCAGAGCUUUCUGGAGGCCGUGAAAAAGGGGGAAGCUAAAAUAGCGGCGGGCGCUCUGUUACCGCACGAGAUAAUCCAGGCAUUGAAUGAUGGCGAAGCUGACGGAGGGGAAGUAGCAGAGCUGCAGUGGAAGAGAAUGGUGGACGAUCUUCUCCAGAGAGGGAAGCUGAGGAACUGCAUGGCAAUCUGCGAUGUCUCGGGAAGCAUGGAAGGAACUCCAAUGGAAGUUUCGGUGGCAUUAGGCGUUCUUGUUUCCGAGCUGAGCGAGGAGCCAUGGAAGGGGAAGCUGAUCACUUUCAGGGCAAACCCGACCCUUCAGAUGGUCAGUGGCUCUUCUCUGCGGGAGAAGACUAGCUUCGUAAGGAGGAUGGAUUGGGGGAUGAACACGGACUUCCAGAAGGUGUUUGAUCUGAUCCUGAAUGUGGCCGUGCAGGGGAAAUUGAAGCCGGAGCAGAUGAUCAAGAGGCUUUUCGUUUUCAGCGACAUGGAAUUCGACCAAGCCUCAAGAACCUAGGAUCGUUCUAUGAGAAGGGCUACCUGGGAAACGGAUUACCAGAAGAUAGUGAGGAAGUUCAAUGAGAAGGGCUACGGGGAGGCGAUCCCACAGAUUGUUUUCUGGAACCUGAGGGACUCGAGGGCCACGCCGGUGCCGGGGAGCCAGGAGGGAGUGGCUCUGGUGAGUGGGUUUUCAAAGAAUCUGUUGAAGAUGUUCUUCGAGGGAGACGGGAUUAUCAGCCCUGUGGAGGUCAUGCAGUCAGCCAUCUCCGGCGAAGAGUAUCAGAAACUCGCCGUGGUUGACUAAACCAGAUUCGUUUCCAUUAAUGCCUUUCUUGUUUUAGUGGUAUCAGUGUUGCCAUUAAUAAAUCAUUACUACUCGU